AAUUCAUUCAGUUAAACAGCUGAUAUAAUGUUCACCCAUACAAGAAUCGAUAGUAUACCUGGUAUUGGUUAUUUCUAUAAAAAACGUGAUGUUAGAAAAGGGUGUCCCAUUACAAGCAUAAGUUGCAUAAUAAUUACCUUUUUGUUGACAUUGUGGAGAAAACUUUUUGUCUCCAGAAUAGGCAAAAAAACAAAAUUUGAUCAAAAUGUGCAUAUUUCUAAAACAAACUGAUUUAAGUCCUUUAUUUUCAAAGUAUAAAAAAUACAUCUCUCAUGGUAAAAGUGUUCCAAACGUUAUUCAGUAAAAAAUUUAGUUCCUACACUUGCCAAAGAAGUUAAUUUACUGUAUUGUGAGACAUUUUGCAAUACUAUAACUACUACAUACUACAGAAACAUAGAAUUUCAUAAGCAGAACAACAUUUUUCAAAAUGUGCUCAAGCAGUGAUAUAUUUUCGCUUUUUAAUCUCAUCAUUUACGACAACUGUGCAGAAGAAGUAUUUUCCAGGUAUCAGGCUAACCACAGUUACAUAGUCUAAAGAUCGAACUUAGAAUAGGUGGCAUUUGACACAUGCCUUAAUAUUAUUUGCCAUAUUUUCAUUUCAUACUCAGAUUUGAUUAUUCCUCAAAUCAAGCAAGGAAGUUUCUUUCCAUCAUCAUUUUUCUCAGAACAGUCUAUGUUUUAUACAUAUAUCUUGGACUGUAGUAUCCGAUUACCAUUAUAUCCAUAGAAGUAAUUUUCUACCUGGUUAGCAAAUCCUUUUAUCACUGAGUAAAAUGGUACUGUAGUUAGCACACUGGACUCACAUUCAGGAGGACAACAGUUUAAACCUGUGUCCAGCCAUUCUGACUCAGGUUUUCCAUGAUUUCCCUAAAUUGCUUUAGGUAAAUGCUGGGAUGAUUCCUUUGAAGGGGCAUGGCUGACUUCCUUCCCCUUCCUUCACUAAUCUGAUUGGACCGAUGACCUCACUGUUUGGUCCCCUCCCCCGAAUCAAACAAACCAAUCCUUUAUCAAUAUAUUUUUUAUUUUGUCUUGUGAAGUGCUCUAAGUGUCUGCAAAAUUAAAUUACUGAUAUCACUGUCAGUAUAUGGACGUAUUGUAUUUAUUGCUGACACAUGAGAUUUUCCUAUUACUAAAUAAUGUUCACAUUGGUACUCACAUAUUGUGGAAGAUAGCUGAAACUGAAUGGGUAGUUUGAAAUUAUGUUUACUAACUGUUUCACAAUCUUUGGAGGAAAUGUAUUCUGUUUCAUGUAUGGUAGCCUAAAGACCAAUUCACAUUGGCUGCCAUGUCAUGACACAUCAUGUCACUGUCACAUUAGGAUGUAUUCACACUAUCUGUCACAUCACAUUGUGCCACAUCAGUUCACUUUGCCCUGUACUGAAUGGUGAAAGUGAAGCUGUCAUUUACUAUCCAUAAUGCACAAAAUUGGAGUGUAAUAUUGGAAUCGAAUGACUAACAAGUAUAAAGUUUGUUAAUGGCCAAAGCAAAUUUCAUAACGUAUGUUUUUGAUCAGUUUUUUGUGGUAAAGUGCCAAAAAUGAAAUAACAUUGCAAAAUACAGACAUUUAUUUUCUGGCAAAAAUAUGUACUUGCAGAUAUACCAAACAAUAUUUUUAAGAGAAUAAAUAAAGCCCAUUUACCUUAUCCAAUGUGUUUUUUUGCUUAUGUAAGUAAUAACAUCGAAACAAACUGUAUUCUUCUUUUUCAUUAUAGCUGACUUUUUCACUUAAAAUGUUAUUUAAUAAUAACUGCUUUAUCAACUAAUGUUCUUAUUUAUGCACAAUGGGGCAUCAGUUCUGAGCUGUUAUUGUAAAAUCAGAGUGAUUUUGCACUUUCCGAUAUCAGACUGUGUCUGUGAAACAAUAAUUAAUGGGAAAAAUAUACAACUGUGUUGGAACAUAUGCAGUUUACCACUAAAAAAAGUAUAAUAGCAAAAUAAAGUGAAUAUAUGCAGUGAAAUAAGUAAAUUUCUGAUGUUAGCAAACGGUGAAACCAUCAAAUCUUUCUUCCCAUUAAACCUUGAUGUCUCAUGAUGUUGACACUUGUGUGAAUAUAGGCAUUCGAAAUGCAUUAUGAAAUGUUUCGAUGUGGUGUGACAUGAAGUGACAGCAAGUGUGAACUGGUCUUAAUAGACGAAUGUGCUACAUUUUUUUGUCCUAAAAGUACAUUGAGAGAAAAAAAUGGCAGUUGUCUCUCAUUUCAUUGGAAAUUUUCAGAAAAAUUUUACAGCGAAAUUUUCAUAUUUAGAAGAAUUCUGGCAUUCCUUAGAACUCACAUAAUUUAGCCCUGAAAACGGAAUUUUUAAGGGAAUAUUUGAAUUGAUAAUUAUGUUUAAAGUGUAAUUUUCAGAAACUAUGAGACCAUUGUAAAUGAUGAUGUUCAUUUUACAUUUCGUCACUGAGAUGUAGAGAAGCACAUGGUUUAACAUAGUUUUUUUGGCGCCCAUUAACAAAUUUAUCCAUUUGGAUAACAGAGAUAGACUCUGGAAAAGAUUAAUUACAAUAUUUUUUCAAAUCUAAAUUUUGUUGUAAGACAUUGUUACUGAAACUCUUAACCUAGAUACUAAAUAAUGAAAUAUACAUAUGAUACUCAAAGCUAGUAAUAACUGAAUGGUGUUGAAAAUCUUUUAACUUAAUAUUUGUGAACUAAAUAAGUUAAAGCCUGUUAUAAAUUUAUUAGUAGUCAGCUAUUGUAAACAUAAAUACACAAAUUUGUAGAUGAAUUAAGUUUACAAAAUAGUUAAUUAUUUAGGAAAAACGUAUUUUUUCUUGUAUAUCAUAUGAUACCAAGUAUUUAUUUGCAGCUCAUUAAGCUAACUUUUGUAUGAUGUUGGUAUAAGUAAUCAGGUUGACAAUUACCAACAAAGAUUAACAUGAGUGGUGCUUAAGAUAAAAUUUAUUAUAUGAUUUUUUAGUCUUUAUAUUUAUAUCACCAAGCUAACAUUUCCCAUUAUAUAAAUGAGCUCUUCAAACAUAACAAUUCUAGAAAUGAUAGUCACACUUAUACCCAUUUAUCAGGCUUUCUUCUUACACAGGCACGUUGUUGCCAUUUGUUGACUUUAAAAAUUUCCAACAAAAUUUUUCUCUAGCCAUGCAAUAAAAUGGCUUGGAUUCUACCAUUAAUAUUGGGUUGUCUGUAUGCAGUAAUACUUAAUCUACUACUAUGUAUUACUGUCAUAAUCAUUUAUGUUUUUACUAGCAGUAUGCUCAGUAUACGGUAUUGGAAGACAUUAAUUAUUUGGUUACACACAAUGUACAUGUCUUAUUAUUAUUUUGCCACACAUUAAACUUUCAGAUACAUCAUGUAUGCCUAAACAACUUUCAGCGGCACACUAUACAUAACAUGUUCACUAUUUCUUCUGUGAAAGUGUUUGUGACCAAACUAUGGAACGUUGAAACUAGUUGUUCUGGUGUAUUACAGUCCAUAUUCCGUGUUCCUAACUUUAAUAUACUUAGUCCUGUAAAAUAUUAUGACUUUGCCUGACGUUUCACAACCUCUACUCUAUGAAAAUACCAUACUUUAUCGUUACUGGUGGACACAUUUUGCCACUUGCAAGAAUUAAUGCAUUGUACCUUUCCUUUCAAGAAUACAGGAGGCUGUUGACGUCAGUACAACACAAAAAUUUAACAUAUAGGAUGUGAAUUGCAGAACACUACCAACAAGGUUUCGUAAGGCAUAAUAGAGAGGUGUCAGUCGAUUUCUUGAUAUCCCAAAUAAUCGUAAACUGUUUGAUGUAAAGUGCUACAUCACCUGACUCCGUUUUACUACGACAGCGAAAAGUUUAAGUAUCCCAGUUCCCUUCACUACUGCAAUGAAUUCUAGGGAGAUGCUGCUAAAAUGCUUUGAAGUGAAUCCUGGAAAUCUUCAUUGGUAUUCGCUAGGACACUUGUCUUUGUCUGUCAGUGUCAUAAAUACCUGAAAAAAUCGUUAAAUUAUGUUUCGAAUGCUAAAUUUCUUUUCUGGUUAUUCAUCAUUUUGCUAUGCCCAGCCCUCAUUUGCAUUUAUCUCUUGGAAGCUCACAGAAGAUGAUAGUUAAAAAGGAGAAUUUGAUGUAGCGAACGAUAUCAUUUUCUUUCUCUGUUCCUGGUGCAUUAUAUUUUUCAAUGAUUUUGGCACUUAUUUUGUGUAAUCUUUGCGCAGUCCUGAUGUACUAUCAUUGAAGUUGCCGGUGAGACGUCAUCUAUGAUUUGCUUUGUAUCCAAUGAUUACAAUUAUAUAUAAUAUGGCGGGUUACAUGUUUUGAAAAGAUGUUGUGAUAGUUGAUAACAAAGGUGUUUCAGCACGAUAAUAGGUUGAAACGUAACAAGUUUACGAGACCUCAUGUGCAUAACUUCUCAGCACUGAUGAUCAGCUGUGAGGAUGAGACGUGCAUUGUUAGGACUGUAGAGUUUCCAAUCAAAGAACAACAGAAGAUGCUAUGAAGCCUCAGAGUGUGGACACAAAUGCACCACAUAAUAGAAGAUAGAAGGGAAAGAGGUUGUCUCACAAUAACAAGGAACUCCACAUUACAUUCAAAGUCAGCCCGGAACUCAUUUGUUGAAUCUGAACUACAUGACUUUGCCACUUCAUUCAGUGAUCUGGAAAUUGCAUUGCAGUUGUGGUAUUCACCCAGUCCCUGAUAGCAGAUAGUUCUGGUAACAUCUUUGUGCAGAAGUUUCAUAACACCAAGAAACAAAUCAGUGAAGGAUUACGGAACGCCAUCUGGGUUACCAUAGUGCUAAGGGUACAUUGACACAGACUGCAGCGCAGUGUCAUCGUCAUUCCUCUUGUGGUCAGUGAAUUUGCACGACUGGUGUGUGUGUUUGGAGUCAUCAGAGGUAGAUAGCCACGAGUACACUGAAGACUGGAGGAAUCCUUAAGGAAGAAGCCAGCCAAAAUCAGCAUCUACAAGGCACUUACUGGAAGAGUACGCGGCUUAGCAGCGAUUACGUGACACCGAAACCAGUGAUCGUGUGAAACUGUAAUGAGCAAUAGCUUUUGAUUAAUUUUAUGGACACUAGGAUGGAAAAUACUAAACCAGAUGUGCUGCAGGACGGUCCGCUGGACCAACAGCGGAAGGAUAACGAUAAUGUUGGAGAUGCCAAUAAUUCGUUGUCGUCUGAAGCUUCUGUUGUGGAAGACAAUCGCAAUGAAGAAGUGAAGUUUCAGAGAGACAAAGUACAUACUGAUCCUCCCGUAUUCUCCCCGCUGAAGAACUUUUCGUCCCGCCCGCCAACAGAUUCAGUAACUCAUCCUAACGUUGGGAAACCGUUGCUACUGCGGCCGUCCGUGCUAUCGGGAAGUUCCGCUGAAUUGGGAAGUGCCGCAUCGAAACCGGAUAGUGGUUCCUUUUCUUCUGCAUUUGGUGUGAGACCCAUGGCGUUUUCCUUUGCGACGGCAACUAAAGAUCAGGCAGGAUCGGCGAGGCCUUUCCUUCUGCGUCCCUCGAAACUGACAGCUCCCGUUUCGGAGCAAAACGACGGAACGGGAAAAUCUGCUGUAACGUCUAGCUUAUUCGGGGCCAAGCCCUCCAUUUCUUCCGAUUUAUCUAAGGAGCCUGCUGCCGGGUCAAGUCCGAACAAGCCCAUUUUUCUUAGGCCCUCAAAGUUGGCCGUAGCUUCACCGGAGAAGGGGUCAGAUCUCACUGCAGGUAAUGAUUCUGUUGGAGACGAAUCAAAGACUGUCGCUUCUUCUGAGUCGGGCUCAGAUGUUAGAGACGAAACAAAUGCGACGAAAUCUGCAGUUCUUAGACCUUCUCAGCUGGCUGCUACUACGGCAGAUUUGCAGAUAUCAGAAAAAACUGCACCUCCGAAGAACCCGUUCGCUAGAGUACCCGCUUUUAGCGAAGAUAAAGAGGAGAAGGAAGAGAAAGGGUUGGGAGAGAGUGGUGAUAGUCAGUGUGCAUCAGAAACUCAGGUUUCCAGUUCGACGGCGCUCCCAAAGUUUGUUCGGCUGACCACCGGAUCGUCUGUUGUCACUCCUGUGGUGUCGGUACCACCGGUCGUCAAUCCUGUUGUGACAGUGGCAUCUGCGCCCCCUACUUUUGUGUUCGGGCAGAACUUGUUAGACAGAGUAGAAACGAAGGAAAACAAUGCAGCAACUCAACAGCAUUUAGAAUCGAAUGGAGCUAAUUCCUCCGAAAUGUUGUUCACGUCGGUGAUCAGGAAGGAGGACAGCAACGACGGAAGCAACAGCGAAGGCGCGGAGAGGCCGCCGUCCAAGAGCCUGAGCGACGCGGCGAGAGAAUACGAAGAAUCGCGGGCCGCCAAGAGGAAGUACGAGGAGGUGGCCGUGGUCACCGGCGAGGAGGACGAGGCGAACGUGGUGCAGAUGAACUGCAAGCUGUACGCGUUCGAGAAGUCCAAGGGCACGUGGGUUGAGCGCGGCCGCGGCACAUUGCGUCUCAACGACCGCGAAUCGGCGCUGGGCGCACAGUCGCGCGUCGUGGUGCGCACGGCGGGCAACCUGCGCGUCGUCAUUAACACGAAGGUGUGGGCCGGCAUGGUGGUGGAGCGCGCCAGUCCCAAGAGCGUGCGCCUCACCGCCAUGGACACGACCGGCGAGGUCAAGGUCUUCCUCGUGUCCGGCUCCCAGAAGGAGACGGAGCAGCUGUACAAGUCGCUGGUGGCCCGCGUCGAGCGGCAGCGGGCUGCUAACGCGCACGCCGCGCCGCCCGCGCGCACCGACUCGGACGCCCCGCCGGCCAAUCCAGAGCCGAAGCGCGUCGCGCAGGACGCCGACACGGGGGAGCCGGCCGCGACGCUCUAGGCACUGCCUUAGCUCUCUGCUGCUAGUUAGAGUCUGCCUUGUUCGUGUCGUGGCCUAUACAUGAUCGUCAUUGUUCACAAUUCUUUUCCUUUCACACCUCUGUAUUGUAUCUGCAGAUUAACACCACCAUUUGCGCCAUUCUUCCUUCUGACAGCUUCGUCCUAGACACUGUUCUUUUUUCCAGUUUAUUUACUUGUCACGGUGUGUGUAUUUAUUUAUCCGGAUAUGUGACGAUAAAUGAUCACAUCAUGUGAACAGGAAACCGCUCGUUUAUAGGUCCACGCUGCAGAAUAGCGCUUUAAAUGUGGAUGGCGCCCUCCCCCGGGUGGCAGGUUACGUAAUCUGAAUGACGGAGUCAUGUUGUUGUUAAUAAAACACCGUCUGUAGGUACUGCCUCUCUGGAUGUUUCAUUAUCUGCUAUAAUUUCUUGGAAUGCUUUUAUUGGCGUUUCGGACAAACGGGUUAUUGUGCUGAAUUUGGGAUACUGGUAGCCUCAUCCUCGGGGCCCACAGUGGCAGUGCUGAUGUGAAAAUGUUAGUGAGCCCUGGGCCCUCAAAUGUCAGCUUUUUGAGUUUGACUUUGUGUUAACUGACACUCGGCUGCUUCGGACAUAGUCUCCUCUAACUAACCUGUUUCCCGCGGAAGUGCCGAAGUAAAGAGGCCGCUAAAAGGCGUUACACAAUUUCUUAUUUUCAUUUAAAUAUUUUACAAUUGCAGAUCUUUGCCCAAUCUGUGAUUUUUUUUUUAGCAUUUCAUUGUAAUAGAUAUAUUGGCGGCAAUGAUCGAUGUGUUCGCUAUUAUCACUCGCUUCUCAGAAGCACUGUCUUGUGUUUGUUUGUGUAAUUUAGUACUUGCCUGUACGUGUCCUACAUAGACUCGGAGACUAUUGGCACCUAUUAAAACUUGAAGUUUAUUGCUGUCCGUAUACUUGUUUGUUCUGUGAUUUGUUUCUAUGAUUAAAUUAGGAAAUAAAAUUAUCUUGUAUGGCCUUAACAGAUGAAUGUACUGAGACAAAUAAUGUAACAAUGUAGAUGUCAUUGGCGAAAUGACAAGCAUAUCAAAUGGCGUACUGAAAAUGAUUGUUUAUGGAAUAAAGAAAAUAAUUUUUGA